AUGGCUAGCAACGACCGUGACGACGCUCAGGCGGCUGAUAACAAUCCGAUUGAGCCUAUCGUUAAGGCUCUCCAGGAUAUACUUACACAUUCCACGUACGCGUGCGGCGGCUCUCUCAGCAGCCCGGAUGACGGCAACAUCCGCCCUAGCUCGGCGAUCACCAUCCGCUGGGACUCUUCAAGCGCCAUCGAAAAAUUAAUCCUACCUCUCCAAGUCGGCAGUAAGGGUGAAGUGGAUGGUUCACUUACGAAGCUCCUCGAAGGCACUGAGCCUGCUGGAUUCGGAUACAAGGGCAAGGACAUCAUCGACGAGUCGUAUCGCAAGGCCUCCAAGCUCGACACCUCUGCCUUCUCCACCAACUUCUGUCCCUAUGAGACCGGCAUCAUCGAUGUUGUUGCGCAAGCGUUACUUCCACUGUCUCCGGAUCAGUCACAGGGUGUUCGAGCAGAGCUCUACAAGUUGAAUGUAUACGGAGCACCGUCAGGUCUGUUCAAGCCACACGUCGAUACGCCACGUUCCGAGAUGCAAUUCGGCUCACUCGUCGUCUGUCUGCCGUGCGCUCACGAAGGAGGCCAGCUCGUUGUCCGCCACAAAGGCCAUACCACUACGUUCGAUUGGUCUGGCGACGCCAACGUUGCACAGUGGGCAGCUUUCUACAGCGACUGUGAGCAUGAGGUCCUCGAAGUCACUGCGGGUCAUCGCAUAACCCUUACAUACAACCUCUUCGUGCGCCGAGGUCUUGGCGAGCUUGCAGGACACGCCAAUGCGCUCGACGUCAAGCAGCUGCCACUCUAUCGUGAGGUUAUGAACGUUUUGGACAGCCCGGACUUCAUGACUCAGGGCGGUUAUCUCGGAAAGUACUGCGAUCAUGCAUAUGCCCACGCCACCAAGGAGGGUUCGAAGGCUCUACCUGCCCUACUCAAAGGCUCAGAUUUCAUGGCAUAUGAGGUAUUCCGCUCGCUGGGCAUCAAGACGCGCGUUCGACCCGUACUUUUGACAUCGGAUAAUGAAGAAGACAAACGAAAGGACAGGUCGGAGAAGCAUACCGAUGAAGAUGACGACCAAAAGCACCUGCAAUUCGCGCGUAUCGGCAAGAAGCUCUCAGCCCCCGUCAUGUCAAGCAUUGGUGGCUGCGAGGAUGACAGUUGGAGUAAAAUCUACGCCAAAUAUCCCCAUAAUCGGCGCCAGAUACGAUGGUUGAAUCGUGCUACUACAACUAAUCUGCAGUUUGGCUUCCUUGCGUACGGCAAUCAAGCAGAGAUCAACUAUUCCUAUAGCUCAUGUGCUCUCAUCUUCGAGAUACCUGCUUACCAAGAGCGGUGCAAGAGCAACCUAGUGAAGUAG